AUGCAGGACACUUUCUUCGUUGAUAACAUCAACCCAGAUGGCAAAAAGUUUGACAAAGUAUCUCGAAUUGAAGCAAGAAGCGAGAAGUUGGAUUUGUACAUGCAACUCGAUGUGAACACCGAAGUGUAUCCAAUUAAAGAGAAGUCUAAUUAUGUGGUUUUACUUACUCCAUCACUUAACGAGGAUGGAAGUACUGCUGUUAAUUACCAUAAUCUGGAUGGUCGAGGUUCCAUUGCUGACAAAUUUGAGUACAUCAUGUAUGGAAAACUAUACAAGAUUUCUGAGAGGGGUUCCGGAGAAAAUCUUAAAACGGAGAUAUACUUGUCAUUUGGUGGGCUCCUAAUGGUGCUGCAGGGAAAUCCCUCCUAUGUGACUGAUUUUCAUUUGGACCAAAACUUGUUUCUCUGCAUGAGGAAGCUUUAG